AUGAGAGGAGACUCACGGUGGCGCGCGAAGCUAAAGGAUUGUGUGUGUCUCUGGCCUGGGGUCACCACGGGUCACCGCCUCUCGCAUGACAACACAUCGUCUGGAGGAUCAACAUUUUUUCCCAUCAACAAAACUCCUGUUUCUCACAAGGUCAUUGAGAAAAGAAGAAGAGACCGAAUCAACAGAUGUCUAAACGAGCUGGGAAAGACAGUUCCUAUGGCACUGGCUAAACAGAAUUCUGGGAAACUCGAGAAAGCAGAAAUCCUGGAAAUGACAGUGCAGUAUCUGCGCGCGCUCCACUCCGCAGACUUCCCGCGCGGGAGAGAAAAAGGAGAACUGCUGACAGAGUUUGCGAAUUACUUUCACUACGGCUAUCACGAGUGCAUGAAGAACCUCGUUCACUAUCUGACCACCGUGGAGCGAAUGGAGACCAAAGACACCAAGUACGCACGGAUCCUCGCCUUUCUGCAGUCCAAAGUCGUUACCGAGCCCGUGUUCGGCUCGUUAGGUACCAUCUCUCCAGACCCUACGGACCUUCUGUGUCAGCUGGAGUACCAGAGUCCAAGUCCAUCCGAGUCAGUGUUUCAGCAGAGCCCUCCCGGACACUUUUCCUGGCACAGCUCGGCGCGGAACCCCACGCUCGCGUACCCAGCGAUGUCUCAGCACAGCGGAUACUUGUCACCGGUUCAGGGACUCGAUCACCAUUACAUGAACUUCAUCGGGCACUCACACCCACACAAUGCCUUCAGCUUACACAAUGCACAACACGCUGCUCUGUAA